AUGAACAUUGACCAAGAAAUAGCGAGGCAUAUUUGCAAGGAGUGUGGAGGGCUUCCAUUAGCCAUAAAGGUAGUUCGGCAGGCAAUGGCAGGCGUCUCUCGGUCAAAUGAAUGGGAAUUUGCACUCCAGAGGUUGCAGAAGGAUGUUACACACUCCCUUUCAAGCAGGUUAAGGUUAAGCUACAAUGCUUUGGCCGAAUUGGGGGGCUACAGAUUUUCCUUGCAGUUGUGCUUCCUUUACCUCGCUACUUUCUCAAAAGACGAAGUCAUCCAUAUUUCACUUGCUACUAAGUACUGGAUUGGAGAAGGGUUAGUGGUCGGGCCGGAUCCUCUCCAAAUUGGAGAGAUAUAUGUCAAUUUGUUAGCAGACCGAUGCCUUAUUGAAACGAUUAUGAAGGAUUACGAUAGAAAGGUGCUCAAUUUCAGGGUGCAUGAUGUAUUGCACCACUUUUUAGCACACCAAAUUGCUGAAAAGGGAGAAAAAUGCUUCUUUCAGGCAUACAGAGGUUUAGGAGAGUUUCCAGCUGAUGUAUGUGGGGGACACAUCAGAAUUUCUUUAAGGGACAAUGGUUUGACAAAGGUUCCAAAGGCAUUCACAGCUCCCCAUAUCCGCUACUUGCUACUGGCUGGUAAUACUUCUUUGACGGAAAUUCGAAAAGAAGUAAUUGGGAGUAUGACCGGUCUCAGGGUCCUCGAUUUGUCACGAACUGCCCUGCAGUUUUUGCCAAAAAAACAUAGGAUGUUUGAAGCAUUUAGUUUGCCUCAGAUUAUGCUCUGUGACAUGUUGAACCAACUACCUCCGUUGCAAAAGCUCGAGAAUCUUAAGAACCUAGAGAUCGUUAAGUGCCCUAACAUAGAGAAGUUACCAGAAGAAUUUGGCAGGGGAGGAGCGUUUCUCAAGCUAGAGGCAUUAAUAAUGGUAGAGGUGGAGAAGAUAGCGCAGCUACUAGUAGUGGAAGGAGGAGCCCUGCCAUCACUCAAAAUAUUGACAAUAAUGAAGUGUGAGGCAUUGCAGAGGAUACCACAGUGUUAUUGGAAUUUGAUGAGUGUAGAGAAGAUAAGAGUGUAUGGUUGUUCAAAGGUUUUACUUGUUAUUGAAGAAGAAUAA